AUGGAUCUCUUCCGCAAUCCAGACUUCUCUGCCUACGUCAAGAAGCUCAUCGACCGCAACCAUGUGCCGGGCAUCGCCAUUGCCGUCGUGCAGGGCCAGGACGUCGACUCCUUCGCCUUUGGCAAGGCAUCGCUAGAGACGUCGCAAGCCUUUACUCCCGAGACGCUCUUCUGCGUUGGCUCCGCGGCCAAGUCCCUCACAGCGGCCGCUGUUGCCCUGCUGGUGGCCGACAAUGAAAACUAUCCCCAGGUCCAGUUCACCAGCACCAUGGCCAGUCUCCUGCCCGACGACUUUGUCAUGCCGGGAGAGGACCAUGCCGACGUUACCGUCGAGGACGUCCUCAGCCACCGGACGGGCAUGGCGCCCCACGAGUACUCCAUCAUGGGGCCUAGCGCAAAGCAGCCAGACAAUGCGCGAUCCAUCACGAGGAACCUGCGAAACCUGACAUGUGUAACCAAGAACCGAGCCGAGCAUGUCUACUGCAAUAUGAUGUACACUGUCGCCACCCAUCUCGUGGAGCACGUCAGCGGAAUGUCCUUUGGCGACUUCUUGCAGAAGCACAUUUUCGCGCCGCUCAAAAUGGACUCGACCUGCCUCCUCCAAGACAGCGUCUGGGCCAGAGGGCUCGGCCAUCGUCUUGCAAGCGGAUACUCCUGGGACAGGCCUGGCCAGAAAUACAAGAUGAUCCAGUGCAACGACGGCCCCGAGUCCCAGGGCGCCGGGCAAAUAUACGCGACCGUCGACGACUAUCUCAAAUGGGUCAAGGCAAUGCUUAAUCGUGAAGGUCCAAUCACGGACGAAAUCUUCAACGAGCUUACCACCAAGCGGAUACAGCAAGACCCGGCCGACAACCGGGAGCAGGAGUCUUGUGCAUUCUACGCGCUCGGGUGGCAGGUCCACGAGUACGGCGGCCACAAAAUCGUGUCCCACGACGGAGGCGAGCCCGGCUACCAGUGCAACCACUUCUUCAUCCCAGACCUCAAAUUUGGAGGCGUCAUCUUCAGCAACUCGGACCAGGCAGACACCAUUGUGAGCCUGCUCAUGUACAAGCUGAUCGACGAGCUUGUCCACGCCAGACUCAACGGCAAAGUGCAGUACGAGGACGAGAGCGACUCCGAGUCCGAAUCCGUCUCGGGAUCCGGCUCCGAGGAUGAAGAGCACGACGACGACAUGGAGGAAGAGCUGCGUCAGGAGCUCUCCCCCGGCCUGGGCGAGCCGGAGCCGCAGAAGCUGCCGCUCGGCGCUUACACGGGACGAUACCAACACCCGGGCUAUCACGGCAUCGAGGUCGAGGACAAGGACGGCGCGCUGUUUGUCGACGGAACCGACCGGUCUUACGGUUUUACUCUCACCAUGAAGCACAUCUGCAACCAGAACAAGUACAUCGCCUACGUGAGCCAGGCUUUUGAAGACAGCGAGAUCCCCAUCAAGGUCGAGUUCCGACUCGACAACAACCGGGCUGUCGCGAUUGGCAUCCACCUGGAGGAGCGGAUGGACGAGUACAUCUGGUUUGAUCGUCUGGAGGGCUAA